AUGGGUUUCUUGUGUCAAGUAUUUUCGCUUCUCGCAAUCUGUUCUACUGCUGUAAUGGCUUUCCCACAGCAAACCAUCGCUGUUACUACAACUGCAGCACCCGCACAGAUAACGCGUGGUCCCGAGCUCGUUUGCUUGGAGAACCAAACAGCUAUCUACACAACAGACUGUACUAUGGGAACCCCGACUUCAUACUGCUUCAGCCCGGAGCCUCCAAUCGGUUGUCCGUGGGGAUCCUUCCCAUCGGUCUGGCAUCCAGACCACUGCAUGGAGGAGUCGACCUGCUACCCUGUCACUGUGCCAUGGAUCACCACUUCCUGCUCUAACGGGGCCCUUCCAUAUUCAACAAGCACCUAUUUCAAAGGCACUUUGGCAGGUGGAUACUCGACCAUUCUCAAAGAAUUCCUGGUUAACUAUUUGAUGUCUACUUGCAUUACAGGCUAUUCCUGCUCUUGUGAUAGUGAUGAGUGGACUAGUACUAGGCAAGUGGGUUCUACGAGUCAGACCUUCUGCAUGCCGCAUAGCCAGUGUCCGCCCGGCAUGGUAACUACAGCCGUCUGGGAUGCUGAUUGUAGGCACAAAUUGUGUUCUCCGCCUAGAACAGCAGAGAUUAAUCUCUGUAUCUGCCCCGAUGAAUUGCAGACACCGGUCUAUCCCAACUACUCUGGCGCGAGACCGACUGGGUGUGCAUAUUGA